AUGGUGCGAAUAACAUCGUUGAAGCUUCUUCAUGUUCAAUCACUUCUUUGCAUAUUUUAUAUUUCAUCCUUUAUUUUCGGGUUGUUCGUCCCUUUGUUGGUAGAUUUACUGUCUCUUCCUUUUUCGAGUAUACAUGACAUUUACAGGCUUUUCACUUUUCACUUAGUGACAGAUGAGAUUUGUGUUUUCAUUUUUACAAUUCUGGCCAUUUUUAUUUAUGCAAAGCUUGUAUUUCAUGUAUGGAGCAGAACUGAAAUACUUUUCUUCUAUUGGUUCGUAAAUACAAGUGCCGGAAUACUUGCGAUUUUCCCAGAGAUCUUCUUUGGUAAUAACAUUUUUGUCAAACGUAUCAAUGGGAAUUCUGCAUUUUUGUCUUCUGUACUCAUAGUUCUUAUCCAACUAAGUAUGGAUCAAUCGCUUGUAAAGAUCGGGGGUUUUGACUUUAAAUCUCAAUAUGGUCUCCCCGCUGUGUCGAUUACAUUUUUGUGUUUGUGGACAGUAGGGUUUAUCAGGCUCUCUUCUGGUAUUUUGUUUUGUUACGGGAUCCUGUGUAGUUGGUGCUACCUUCGCUUUCUGCAACGUCAUCCUCAAGGAAGAAGAGGCGAUUAUCGUCCAGUAUUCGCGUUCGCUAGACUCUUCCCCGAACCAAUAGACAAGGUAGUCUCGAUUCCUUCCAACGUUUUUUACCAACUUCUACUUCGAACCAAGUUUUGUCCUGGACUAAAAAGAGAAAGUGAAGUUACUGUAGAACCUUUACUGACCUUCGGCCCACAUGGAAUGGUAUCUUCUGAUCCAGAACGGCAUCGGCGCAUUGCUCUGAAGGCUCUAAAUGAACGCUUCGCAAAAGCUGGUGUUUCUUCAAGGGCACAAAAUGAAGUCAUCGAAUGGCCAAGUCUGAUCGAUCCUGAUGAAACACAAAAGACGGAUAACAACAAGUCAGAUGAAUCCAGUGUGAUCAUCGAGUUGCCAACUAUUACGAAUCCUUCAAGUACUGAUACUUUAAACACAUUAAACUCAUCUAAUGUGUGA